AUGGCAACGGAUUCUUUUGAACGUCAAACAAGACGUAGUGGUAGUGGACGUCGACGAAAAUGUACUGAUCUCCAAUCAACAUCCAAUGAAACAAUUGGCUUUUCAACGUUACCUGACCAAAUACACCGAAAAACACUUAAACGAGGAUUUGAAUUUACACUUAUGGUUGUUGGUGAACAUGGCCUAGGUAAAUCAACGUUUAUUAAUACUUUAUUCAUGACAGAACUUUAUGCUGAUCGACCACCAUCUGCUCGACUUCAUCCACCAAAGACAGUUGAAAUCGAAACUCGUUCCGUUGAAUUGGAAGAAAAAGGUGUUAAAUUACGUUUAACUGUUGUUGAUACACCAGGUUUUGGCGAUGGAAUGAAUUCCUCUGAAUGUUGGAAACCAAUACUUGAUUUUAUUGAUCAACAAUUUCUUAAAUAUUUUCAAGCUGAAACAAGUUUUGGUAUCGAACGUAAAUAUGUUCAAGAUCAACGUGUUCAUUGUUGUUUAUAUUUUUUACCACCAAGUAUUCGAGGUCUUCGACCAAUUGAUCGAGAUUUUCUUCAUCAUCUUCAACAUAAAGUUAAUAUAAUACCUGUUAUUGCUAAAGCAGAUACUUUACUUAAAAGUGAAUUAACAGCAUUAAAAAAACAAUUAUUAAGUGAUAUUGAUAAAUAUGGGGUACAAUUAUAUGAUUUUCCUGAAGGAGAUCCCGAACAAGAUGAAGAUAGUCAAACACUUGAUAAAGCUUUACGAGAAUCAAUUCCAUUUGCUGUAAUGGGUAGUAAUACAAUACUUGAAUCAAAUGGACGUAAAAUUCGUGCUCGAACCUAUCCAUGGGGUGUAGUUGAUGUUGAAGAUUCAAAAUAUAGUGAUUUACCUCAUUUACGUGAAAUGUUAUGCAAAACACAUCUUCAAGAUUUAAAAGAUAUUACAAGUGAUCUUCAUUAUGAAAGUUUUCGAGCUCAACAAUUACUUGGAAAAAAAAAUUUAAAUGAUAUUUAUGAAGAUGAUCCAUAUGAAAAUGUUGAAGUUAAAUAUAAAACAAUUCAACAAAAAGAUGAACAAAUUCGUGAUAUGAAACAACAAAUACUUGAUAUGCAACAAAAAUUAAGUUCAAAUAUUAAUGAAUAUCAAACAAUUAAUCCUUCUGUGGAAAUUGAACGAAGCAAUAGCGGAGAGCGAUUUACUAAGAUUUAG